GUCGGGUGUACGCUAGUGGCUACUCACAAAGUAUGUUUGCCUGCGGAUUAAUAUCAAGUUUGCGUCCAUGUAUCGUGACUACUUCGUCAAGUUACCCGGUGUCACAAUGCAUGUCACAUCGUUACAUCCUAGCAAAUCCAAUGAAGUUCUGUCACAAAACCAUGAAGUCGAAAUUAAUUCAUCAGAAGGCGCACAAAAAGGAUAGGCUGGAAAGUUCAUCACAAACACCUAUUCUCGAUUCACUUCGGCUUACAGCGCAGGAGGCAUUUCACUAUCUUCGCCACACACUCGGUAUCGAUUCGGCUGGCACGAAGUUUAGCCGAGAUCGUUUCGGGCUUCUUCGGGAAAUCACGUUGAGAUCACACUUUCGACAACCUUUCCAGAAUGUCACCAAUACUUAUGCAAUACCAUUAGGUGAGAGAAGAAUUCCUUCUUGGGACGAGAUAAAGCAGUCUAUGCUUGCAGGACAAGGAGGGGUAUGCUAUGAGCUUAACGUCUUCACAAAUAGACUCCUAGCUGUUUUGGGGUACAACGUUCAUCUCAUUGGAGGGAAGUUCAUGGGCCACGACCGAUAUCACGUGACCAACAUAGUUCACGAUGUUGAGGUCAAAGGUCAGCGGCAUCUGGUAGAAGUUGGUGCAUCGGAUCCAACGUUUCAUCCUAUUCCGCUUGACUUUGAGGAAGAGAGCCCGGUGUACCAGGACUCCUUUCUGACGUAUAGAUUCAAACUUGGUAGGAACGACCUGCAACGCUUCCAUGACAUUCCUGAAAGUGACUCCGACUCCUCUCUUCUCGAGGACCACACCCACCUAACUAACUGGAGAUUGAUAUCGGAGAUGGAUAUCGCUACAGAUCGUGAUCUCGACUACUUCAAUGAACCAAUGUCGUACGUCUUUAAUGCUCUUCCGCGCCCCAAAAUGAAAAUGUUCGAUGAAGGGAUGUUUGCUAUGAUUUACGAGAAUGGGAAGAUGGUCUAUAUUCGCGACAACCUUCUAUAUUUGGAAAGAAACGACAAUACUGAGGAACGUCGCGUUUUGUGGUCGACGGACGAGGUGCUCGAAGCGUAUAGCAGAUUCAUGCCGAUGAUACCAAAUGAAAAGACAUUGCUGGGACUAAAGAAUAGAAACUUGGUGUUCCCUCCGUGGGAUAAAGACAAGUGUGUAACUGUUUCCCCUAUUGUGAGGUAUGGCAACGCCGUUGACCUGUCUAAUACCCCAUUCACAAGACGAAUGGAUGGAUAG